AUGGACCGGGCGUCAGACUCUGAAAUUCCGCUCAAGUCGAACGACCGUAGCGAUAAACUCCCGUCGAACGACGAUGUGAUCAAUAAUUCAUGCUCCAGCUCACUUAAAACUUCGCUUCCUGGGAACAACCAAAACAAGAAGAAACCACGCGCUCUCUUUUACGUCGAUAGCACGAUUGCCGGAGAACCACAGGCGCUAUAUGAUCUCAUUUGCGAGCAAGCUCGCCUCCCACCACGAGCGUUUAUUGGCAUCACGGGGCAGAAGGGAAUUCCAACAGAUUUUAGGUUCUUCGUUGACUUAACGUCCACGGUGCUCCGGCUUGACCCGAAUAAUAGCGAGUGGAACAAUCCUAUCAAGGUUGUUCAAGAUGGGGACGGGAUAGAGGCUUUUCGCGGCGGUCGAUACACAUCUCUGGAAUGGGAACACGCUUCCCGCCUUGGGGGGGCUUCGCACAAGAAGACAUUUGGAGAAUGGAGAUAG